AUGACUAGACUUAGCGGAAAAGUCGCUAUUGUAACAGGCGGAGGGUCGGGAUUUGGUGCUGGCAUUGUCGCCAAGUUCGUAUCAGAAGGGUGUAAAGUGGUCGUGAUGGAUAUUGACAAGAGCCUGGCGUCUCAAGCUGCUGCAAAAGCACCCUCGGGAAGCGCUGUGGCGAUCAGAGGAGAUGUUUCGCAGAGCGAAGACUGGGUUGUUGCCUUGGAUACUGCCCUGGUCAACUUCGGCAGCCUUGACAUUGUGGUUAAUAACGCCGGGGUAUUGCACGUGGCACAGCCCUCCAUCGACAUGGAUGAGCACGAAUACGAUCGUGUUAUGAGAGUCAACGUCAAGCAACUUCUCUGGAGUACCAAAGUGGUAGUGCCAUACUUGAUCAAAAAUGGAAAGUCAGGAGCUUUCGUCAACGUAUCAAGUAUGAGUGGAGUGCGGCCAAGGCCGAACCUGGUAUGGAAACCUCUCUUCUUAGGGCAUGAUGAUAGUCUGGAAGCGUGGGGAAAAAUGAUGAGUUCGAUUCCGCUUGGUCGUUUGUGUCAACCUCAUGACGUUGCCGAUGCGGCUUGCUUUCUAGUAAGCGAUGAAGCAUCUUUUCUCACUGGUGUCUGUUUGGAAGUAGACGGGGGUCGAGGAAUCUAA